GAAAGCAACCCCGGGUUUGGCAGGGCUGCAGCCCGCUCUCCCAGCGACACCCGGUGGGUGCUGGGGGAAGAGCCGCGUCCCGGGGCAGUGGGUGCUGGGAUGAGAUGGGGGGGUGGUGCUGCUGGGGGUGACCUGGCCUCUGAUCCUUCACCUGUGUCACCUCCCGGCCGGUGUAAGUGGCUAACGGCUCUAGUCGUCGCCUGGUCCCCUCUUGCUGGAGGUGGGGUCAGAUGUGCCCAGCCUCGCAGUAGUCCCGAGAAGGGGGGACAGUCACUCUGCAGCCAUAUUCCGGGGACCCCGAGGGCCACAUCCCAGCCUGAGAUCCCCGGUGGGGACAUACGCUGUCACCGGGUGACAUUCACACCUGAAAGAAGCAGCCUGAAAUAGGUGUGACGCAGUUCAGCCAGGGACAAGUAGAGUGACCGGGACGUCACCAAGAAUAAUCACCGGCACUCGGCCAAGCCGAGGCACACCGGCGACGCAGCGGCCAGCACCGGCCAUGGGACUGUCCCCGGCACCGGCGCUGACCAACCCCGCAGCUCAUCUGCCCCCCCGGGGACCUGCUGGGACGUCCCCACCCAAGACAGACACCCUGAAAUACAGCUUUGGGCCCCCCCUGCUGAGCGGGUGGCAGGAGGGCGCGGGGUCCCCCCCAGGCACCCCGUGACCCCGGGGACCAGGCCGGCAGCCCGUCACCCGCCGGCAUCCGGAGGUGGGGCUGCCAGGGCCGAUCUCCCGCGGCUGCCGGUGCUUGCCGGGAUCGCACGGGAGCCUGCUGGGAAGAGGCAGGCGCUGCUCUCGACUGUCCCUGCGGGAGCCGUGGGAGGAAACGAGACCUCCGUGCCCCGGCAGAGCGGCUGCCCCGGCCUCCUGGCCCCCAGCAUCACCCCCAGGCCUGGGUACCCAGCCCUGAGCCAUGGCACUGCUCACCCACUUCCUGGCCUGUGCCUUUGGCAUGGGCUCCUGGGUGGCUGUCAACGGGCUGUGGGUCGAGCUGCCGGUGCUGGUGACGAUACUGCCAGAGCAGUGGGACCUGCCCUCCUACAUCACCAUCAUCAUCCAGAUGGCCAACGUGGGACCGCUCUUUGUCACCCUCAUGCAUCGCUUUCGGCCUGGCUUGCUGAAGGAUGUGGCUGUUAUCUAUGUGAUUGUGUCUGUGGGUGUCUUGGCCUGCUUGCUCCUGGCCUUCUUCUGGGACCACACAACCUCCAUUGCUGGUAGGCCCCGCAGCACUGCCUUCAUGAUCCUCACCUUCUUCUUGGCCUUGGUGGACUGCACCUCCUCCGUCACCUUCCUGCCCUUCAUGAUACAGCUGCAGCCCCGGUACCUGACCACCUUCUUCAUAGGUGAAGGGCUCAGUGGUCUCAUCCCUGCCAUGAUCGCCCUGGGACAGGGCUCUGGCAUCUUCAGCUGCAACAACGUUACCCACCUGGUCAACAUCACCAGCGGCAAUGAGACCAUGGAGACCACCAUCAUCCAGCUGGAGACCCACUACCUCCCAGCCAACUUCUCCACCUUCUUCUUCUUCCUUCUCAUGACUGUAAUGAUGAUGGUCUGCUUGCUGGCCUUCUUCUUCCUCACCAGGCAGCCCAAGGUGUGGGAGGUCUCCCAGCAGCAGCUGUUUCCGAGAAGCAUCGUGCUGAGCUCGUUUGACCAGAUCCCGGAUGAGGGAGCUGACUCACAGCUGAACAGAGGCUGUGCAUGUCCAAAGGAUGCCAAGGGACCUGGGGACAUCCUCCCGGAGAAGGCCUACUACCCCUUGGCCAAGCUCACCUUCAUCUACUUCCUCACUGCUUGGGCAAGCACCCUGAUGAACGGGGUCCUGCCGUCUGUGCAGUCCUACUCCUGCCUGCCCUAUGGCAACAUUGCCUACCACCUGGCUGCCACCCUCAGCUCUGUGGCCAACCCCCUCGCCUGUGUGGUGGCCACGCUUCUGCCCAGCAGGUCCCUGGCCCUGCUGGGCACCCUCACCGUGGCAGGGAUGGGCUUUGCUGCCUACAACAUGACCAUCGCCGUGAUGAGUCCCUGCCCACUCCUCCGGCAGUCCCAGUGGGGCAGUGCCACCAUCGUCCUCUCCUGGGUGCUCUUCAUCGGGACGCUCUCCUACGUGAAGGUGAUGGCCGGGGUGAUCCUGCGGAGCCGCAGCCGCAGCGCGCUGAUGUGGUACGGGGCACUGGAACAGCUGGGCUCCCUCCUGGGGGCCCUGAUCAUGUUCCCCCUCGUCAGCAUCUACGGCUUCUUCAAAUCUGCUGACUACUGCAGCCUGCAGUGCCCGGCGUGAGCAGGACGGGCACCCCUGGACAGCCCCUCUUCCCAGCACACACCCCCAAACCCAGCAAGGGCUGGAAGCAGCACUGGGGACUGGGGCAGCUGCGUGUACAUCACCUCACUGUGCUCAGCUCGGUGGCUUUGUUCCCAGCCUGGGCACAGGGUGUCUCUGUUGUGUUCAAAGCAAUAGAAGGUGUUUGCUCAA